AACGUCUGCGAUUGUUUCCCGAUCUGGGCCUCGUUCGAUUGCGGCGGGUCAGCGGCACUGAGCCUGGGAGGCGGCAGCCCGGGGACUGAAUCUCCUCCAUCCACUGCAUUCAGCUAACCGGGAAGAUGGCUACCGAGAAUGUCAGCGUAUUGUUUAAAGUGUACUGCUUGUCAGUAAUGACGCUUGUGGCAGCUACUUAUACUGUAACAUUACGGUACACAAGGACAGUCUUAACAAAGAUGUAUUUUGCAACCACUGCCGUUUGUAUCACUGAAGUCAUCAAACUAAUUCUGAGUUUAGGUAUGUUAAUAAGGGACACUGGGAGUUUGAGUAAGACGCUGUCAACUUUGCAGGAGCAUAUACUAAGAAGUCCCAAAGAAAUGCUGAAGCUCAGUGUUCCAUCUCUAGUGUAUGCUGUUCAGAACAAUAUGGCUUUUGUGGCACUUAGUAAUUUGGAUGCAGCAGUGUAUCAGGUGACGUAUCAACUAAAGAUCCCCAGUACAGCGUUGUGUACGGUCUUUAUGCUGAACCGCUCACUCAGCAAGGUGCAGUGGGCGUCUGUGUUUAUGCUGUGUGCUGGGGUAUCACUAGUCCAGUGGAAGCCUGUAGAAACUACAAAGGUGCAGAUUGAACAGAAUCCACUUUUGGGAUUUGUUGCCAUAGCCAUUGCAGUGUUGUGUUCUGGAUUUGCAGGUGUUUACUUUGAGAAGGUGCUGAAAAGUUCUGAAACAUCUCUGUGGGUGAGGAACAUACAGAUGUAUAUCUCUGGCAUUGUGGUCACUGCAUUUGGAGUUUUUGUGAAUGAUGGUGCCCAAGUGAUGGAGAAGGGCUUUUUCUUUGGGUACACCCACUGGGUCUGGUUUGUUGUAUUAUUAGCAAGUCUUGGAGGUCUGUACACCUCAGUUGUUGUGAAGUACACAGACAACAUUAUGAAGGGAUUCUCAGCUGCUGCAGCAAUUGUAAUUUCCACAGUUGCUUCCAUGUUGUUGUUUGGCUUGCAGAUAACUCCCACCUUUGUAUCUGGAGCCAUUCUCGUCUGUAUUGCAAUAUACUAUUAUGGUUUACCAAAGCAAAAUACAAUGACAAUUCAACAGACUGUAACAGAGAAGUCCAAACUGCCACUGGAAGAUGUGUGAUCAUAAACACUUCAUUAAGAAAUGGCAAAACGUGAAGAGUUUAAAAAAAACCUUAUCUGCAUCCUCUCCCAGCUUUUACAAGGGAUGUGGAUAUUUUCUAAAACAAAAAUCUCCAUUGGUCAUUGAUUCAUGAAUCCUUUUUUUGCACUUUAGUGCCAACAAGGUGAAGAUCUGUUAUGCAUUGUGACAAUCCAACGAACACAGCUAAGUUAUUUAACAAGUUUAUAAAGAAGCCGUUUUUAAACAUCUACUUCCGGAAGGUGCUGGUAAUAUGCAGUCAUGUUUCAAACAGUCACAGAAUUCUUUGGUAGACUUUUCUUUCCCAUGGCCUUUUUUAAACGCAAACUUUUAAAAGUCAGUGCUUUGCAGCUGCCAUGUUUGUUAUACUUUUUAGUUACUGGGUUACUCAGUGUUGGUCUCCCUAGUUGGUAUCAGAAGCAAUCGUUCCCUUGCAAAUCCUGAUUCUACUCUAUUUUUUUUCUCUUAUUGCUACUGUUAGAUUAAUUUUCAGUAGUUGCCUCUGAAAGCAGGGCAGUCUACUUGUAAAUCCAUCAUGUGAUUUGGCUGGAAUAUGUGCAAAGACGUUUUUUCCAAAAUUGCUGUUUACAUUGCUACUUGUGUUUGGCAUGAGCAAGAUUAAUUUUUAAAUUGCAUUCUUGUUAUCAUUCAUCAACAUUGACAUUAUACAGGAACUAGAUUUGAGACAAAAUGACUGACUGGUUUGAUCUGAUCUCUUAAGCUUGUCUGCAUGCAGUUGCAGGAUAAUCUAGAAGAUUGUAUUUGGUGUUACAGAUCAGGGAGGUAGUGUGUAUUCUGAAAUCCCUUUUCGUACCUUUGACUAAGCCAAAGUGAUUGCCAAGAUGUUUUAUUAAUCACAUCAAACAUGAGCCUGUUAUCAUCAAACUUGGUGUCCUGUAUUUACUACUGCAAUCGCCCAUGGAGAAUUUAGCUGUAAGACUUCCCCCACUAUUUGGAAAGUAAAAGAGCACAUCCAAAAUCUCACUUCACCCACCAAGACAAUAAUUUUGGGAUUUUCUUGCUUUUCUGUUGCUAGUUCCUCCAGAUUAUCAAACGUUUCUGAACUCUUUGUUUCUUUUAAAUCUCUGUAACCUUCAAUAAUGAUCUACUUAUGUGAUGAGAAGUGUUGUUUUUGUUGCUAAAAUAAUCCAUAAAAUAAAUCCUUAAGUUUAUUCUUAACCAUGAAGUAAUGCUGAUGCAAGAAAAGGAACUGUAGUGACAAUUAUGUACUCAUUGCUUUUCUGAUCUGAAGUUAAGGAAUAUGAAAAUGACCUUUUUAUAAAGUGUUAGCCCUCUGCAAACAAAAAAGCAACUAUUGAAUUGGACCCUUUUAGACUAGGUACCUGGCUGUCAGAGAACUGAUGCAGGUAAAAGUUAAACAUUUAUAUAUCCCUCCAAAUGAGGCACGUAUUCUAUCUGAAGAAGGAAACAAAAAUUCCAACUUGGUAAAUAGUUGGGGGGAUAAUAAAGACAUUCAUAACAAGUCUGGUACUUAAAACCUUGUGUAGUUGGUAUUUUGAGAUGUUAUCAAAUCACUUUUUUUUUGCAAAUCCUUAAGAUAAAGGAAACACUUAUUUAAUAGGCUUCACAACAUGAAACAAUGUAAUCCUGUUCUCAUUAACUGAUGUGAGAACAAGGGGAGAGACAGCAAUUGUAGGUUUUUUUUCUGGACAAUGGAUAUGGUGAAGAGGAAGGAGGUUUUUUUUGAAAUGGUGAUAAUGACCUGGCACUGUCUGCUCCUUAGGGAGGUGGGAGUGAAGACAAUGAAUAAUUUUGAAAUGAAAUUUGUUGCACAGUUGAGGGAAAUAAAGAUGGAACGUUACAGGGAUAAAAACUAUUAGAUUGGUCUGCAGAGUUGAUGGAUUUAGGUCAACUUAGUCUGUCCUGUACUAACUUUUAUGCAUCUUUAGUGUGACCCUGUGAAGGCUGCUCACUGUUUUUCCACCAAAUAAGACUGAGACAAAUUUGAGCAGGGCUCCUGUAAAUUUUGUAGUGUAAUUUGACCAGGGUUAGCAUGGAAUUAGUAUUUCUACUUACAUUGCACUUUCCUGCUAAAGUCUGGAUUGACAUUUAUAACUGCACAUUUACCUUUUCUUUUUGUGCAGGUAAUAGAGGCAGUGCAGAGUUAACUUUGUCACCUGUAAUUGACAAAAGGAUAUGACAGACUUAUGUCCCAAGUGAAUAAUGUGUUGCUACAAAGCGUGAAAAUCUCUAGAUGUUACCAGAAUUUGCUUGGCAUAGUGAAUUGAAGGCUGAUAUACAUUUUGCAAGCAAUGUGCGUUAACUUUGUUUCUUUCCUCAUUUCUGGUUGAGAACAAUGCCUGAAUGCAUGCUAGGGAUGCAAUGGGGCAAUGCCUAAACAUUCACUCAUUCCAUAGCAUGCAUUAAUGAUUGUUGUUUAAAUACAAUGUUUUAUUCCUUUUUUCAAACACCAAAAUGUUCAGACUGCAUUUGAACUUUGUGACAGGUGGUUCGAGUAGGAAAUUUGCCCUGUAGGGAGUUGCAGAAUGUGUGGUGCAUUUGCCCUUCAACAGUUGUGUACUCACUCUUAUUACACUACCACUUAAACUUACUGGGAAAAAAAACCAAGAACUGCAAAUGCUGGAAAUCAGAAACAAAAACAGAAAUUGUUAGAAAAACGGAAUCUGGCAGUAUUAAUGGACAGAAAACGGAGUUAAUAUUUCAGGUCCAGCAACCCUCCUUCAGAACAGCAAUUUUGUCUUUUUGUAACCAUUUAAAAUACUUUUUUCAUAAAUUUAAUAACCUGAAGUUAUAUUGGCACUUCUCUGCAAAAACAAGUUCCAGUUUUAAUGCAUCUGCUAUUCUCAGUUUUUCUCCCUUACCUUGGGCAAAAUAAUGUAGUAACCACUCAAACAAGCAUUGUCACUUAUUUGACUAGUGGUCUUUAGUUGCUCUAGUCGUGUUUGUUUUUCCCGCCGAUUACUAAAGAUUGCUAUAAUCGGGUACAAAAUAGUACAUUCUUUGUUCAAAACUCAAGAUAAUUCCUGGUCAUAUUAUCAUAAUUUAACCGUUCAUUAAUGGUUGCGUCUUCUGUGGUAAUGGCUAUUUACAAACAAUCUUUUUAAAGUGUUUGCUCACAGUAAAUGUGAACUGCUGAGAGAUCCUGGAAGAAAAUGACAUGAUAAUCUCAAUUUGAAGUCUGUGAAAUUUUAGUAUCUAUAUAUAGAUGUCAAUGAACUAUAACUGAAUUUCUAGUGUUUUAUCAUUAUCAUUCCAAGGAAUUUUCCAAUUCUUUUAGUCUGAGACAGUUUGUUUUGAAUCAAGCAAUGAAUGUAGCAGUGUCUCCCUCCCUAAUUUCAGUUCUGCCUCGUCUUAAUUUUCUAUAACUGAUCUUUUUAAAUGUUCUUGAAUGUAGCAGUACAUUUAUUAAUUAAUUUAUGGAACAUUUACUAAUUUAUGUUUUAGUGCCUUCAACAUGAGUUACUGCAAACUUAGCUGAUGAAAGUUCCUAGUGUUAACGUACAUAUUUGCAGUUUUGGUGUGGGUGCAAAUAUUUGUAGAAAGUGUGGUCUGUAAAUGCUGUAUGCGGAAUUGAGCCUAUUUAAAACAAUCCACUACAGAGUUGACUUUUUUUUUCCUGAAUGUAGAUUAUUUAGCAGAGUCUUGGAGCCUCUGUAAGUACAGACUUGUGCAGUGCUCAGAGUUUUGCUGGUCAUUAUUGGGUGGUAUUUUAAUAUUUUAAAUGUGCAUCAAAAAUGAAUUGGUAUUGAGAUUUUUUUUGUACGAAAACCUUUUGGUGUCAAAGUCACAAGCUACUGGGAAGGAUACAUCAUAUUUCAACGUCCAAAUUUGUUUUUGUUUUUUUUCAUGGUGGGAAUUUUUUUAUUAGCAAAGCUAUUUGCCUUACAGCUGUAAUGAAGUUGUCAAGAAGUGCAAACAACCAAAUUUGCAACAUGUAUCCUUUCCACAUUCAUAGGUUAUGUUUUAUAGUCCAAUUUCAUGGAUUGAUUUGUCUGUUUAUUUGGAAAAGCAGUCCGUGGCACUUGAUGUAUUUUCUAGAAUAUUAUUGAUUUAAUUAAAUCUUACUUUUUUCUUAAAUU